AUGUAUUCAAGCGAUGAUGACUCCAAUGUCAACAUUAUCCCCAUGGAUAGCUAUCCCAGUGACGGAGAUUCAAACACAUGGCCCGGAGAACCAUAUGCUGAACGUGAUGACACCAAUUGGCGACGAUUUUAUACUCUUUUUCGUUAUCCAUAUCUUGUUCAUGCUGAUUCUGGCUCUUUGAUCUUCGAACUCACACUCUACGUUGAAGGUGCCGAUAACACACUUGACAAACUGCCUGAGGGCUACUGUCUAUUUGAUAAACCCAACAGAAAAAAUCCCCACAUCCGCAACCCUGCCCUCUUUGGCCAUCCGAGCGGCAGGUAUUUCCCGUCGCAAAACACAUUCUUGGAACAUUUUAUCUGCAUGGUUCAAGGAAAGCUAGAUGAUUGCAAGUGCAGACUUUGCUCAGCGAUGCCUGGAGCGAAACCUGGAGCGAAACCUGGUCCAAAAUCAGGCAGGCCUGCCAGGGCAACUACAUCUACAAUUCAACUCACUUCCAAUGACCCUGGUGAUGCAGAAGAUCCUGACUACUGGCGAAUGUUGGUCAUGAAGUUGAAAGAGCGUGGCACAGUUGAUGAAGAUCUUCAGCACCGCAACAAUAUUGACUGGGUCCUCACUAACGAAUCUCUUUCUCAAUACUUCUUGAAACUGGUGGAAGAUCCUGCUUACGUCCCUCGCCGUGGCGAGCUUGUUCUCUGGAUUUGGUCGGGCCUCGAAGACGGAUCUCUUAUGCGCAACCCCGAUACCGGUCUAAUCGAAAUUUACGGCAAGGACAACGAAUGGCACGGCGUGCCUGAUUGGCGUGCUGGCGUGAUUACCGAGACGCCUACCAACGACCAAAUCAAUAUGGCCGACAUCAUCGAAGAACCGAAAAGUCCACGCGGGCUAAGUUACUCUAGAUUCCGCGUGGAGACUUUGCCGGAUCCCCUUGGCAGCGACAAAUCUUACUCCAGGCAAUACUCCUACGUUCCCCUGCGCAACAUUAAGCCUCUGAACACCUGGCAACUCUUCCUCGAUCGUCAAGAACGGGACAACAUCCACCCGUCUAUCGAAAAUGCCUUGACUGUCAUGUCCUCCUGGAGCCUGGUCCACAAAUUUCACGCAAAGGGCAGAUGGCCUGAUGUCCAAAUUGACUGCAAGGGUAUCUUUGUCGGCGCCGAGCUUCUCGCCGUGCGUGACACGAUCCGUCUCCGGCCGCACGACUACCAGCACAGCCAGGAAAAAGCUGGAGAACCCAAAGUGACUGAUGUGAUGGUCAUCGAAAAGAUCAGCUUCAACAUGACUGGCUGCACUGAAGACCCAAAAGACGAGCAACUCGCAUCCCACUACACGGCUUUGAUCUCCGGCAAGAUCUUCACUAAUAAUGCUGACCGCGAAGUUUACGGCGGCCCUUUUAAAGAAACCGAUCGAAUCCCAAUCAGCAAGGAGGAAGCCAGUGCGACCUUCCGACAGGCUGGCAUGAGCGAUUACGGCCCGUGGUAUCGUAUGGCAAAGGGUCAAACCUGCAACAUCGGUCCACAGCAGGUAAUCGGUCGCUGUUAUGAGCCUCUCGCGGCCCAGCUUAUGAUCGGCACACAUGUCCUCGGUUACGAUCUAUACAGCGUCAUGGAAGGCCGCAAUUACUCUCAGCAAGUGGAUGCACGCAUCUCACCCGGCAAAACUUGGUUCUGGGGCGACUACCGCGUUGAAACGUUGGGGUUGACCCAGAUCAACGGGGUCGAGUGCGGCCCCACAGCCUCGCAGCGGGAAACCGAUGCCAAGUGGCAGGCGAUCCUGAAAGUCUCGCGCGGAGAAACAAACCAUGGUGUCCGACGCAAGGCUGGUAUACCCUCCUCUGCUGGUCGGCCCUUUGGUGCCAAGAACAAGUCGGGAGCUAAGUCUCGGCUUAAGACUGUGUUUGCGGGAGUUGCGCCUAUGAGUAAGAUGGUUAGCUCUGCUAUUGGGAGUGCGCCUGAUGAUGAUGAUUCCGAAAGUGAAAAGGAUAACAGUGACUUGACGGAUGAGAAUGUUGCUGGUGAAAUUACUGGGCUUGUGAUCGAGCGAGCGAUCAAAAGUGACAGCGAAGAUCUUGAGUUCAGAUAG